CUACCCACCGGCCAGCUCGAGUCACUCCGGCUGCGGACGACGCAGAUCAUCGACUCCAUCCAGGCGCUGCAGCGCACCCUCGAAGCGGGCGGCGCGACCGUGAUGCCUCCCUGGCCCGACAUCCUCGCAAAGUACAACAUCCUCCUCUCCCAGACACACAACCUCUCUUCCUCGCUCGUCGGCCACCUCAACCUCAACCCCGACAGCGACGAGGCCCAGCAGCCGCAGCAACGCGAUCGAGAGAACCCGUACGAGAAGCUCGCGCUGCACCCCUCCAAGCCGCUCGCCGACGCGCAGCUCGACAACGAGCUCGCGCCGCUCCUGCGCAACCAACAGACGACGGACGUCCUGCGUCUCGAGAACGCGACCGUGCGCCGCCUCGCGGAGCACAUGGCCACCAAGGGCUCGCUCGGCGUCCUCGUCCACCAGUCCGCGGACUACUCCGCCGUCCUCGCCGAGUGCGACAGCAUCCGCGCGGACCAUGACAACCGCGUCACGCGCGCCGUGCGCGCGGUGAGCAUGCUCAGGGACAAGUACGACUGGCGCGCCCGCGUCGCCGUCGACCAGGAGCAGCCGGACGAGAUUGACUUUGAC